UGAAUGAUCGUCGGAGCGACAAUCGGCGGCGGCGGGGAUCUGUCUGUUUGUGUGCGGGGUGGGGGAUUUGUUUGUGAUGCCACGCUCGGAACGGACACCGACGGCUCUCGCCGGAGGCUGCGGGAGCACGCCUUGAGCACCCGAAAGGCGCGGACGCUCCCUGUGAAAUGCUCGCCGCUGACCGGUUUGCGGAUCCACCACAGCCUGCAGCCGCCGGACACCUCGGCAGUGAGAGAUCGGAGCGGCGGUGAUGGACAGCUGUUGGUCAUCGACUGUGCGGCGUUAGCGGGCUGACGAUGAGCUGCUGGCGCGGCGACACACGCUGCGCCGUUGACCACGACUGCCAGAGGAGGAGGAGGAGGAGCGGCUGAGCUCUCUCCUCUUUGCUCCCCGUGUUGUGAGAUGAUGAUGAUGAUGAUGAUGCCUCAUUUUGGCCAAACGUGUGGCUCCCACUACCGUCAAGGCUGAAACGGGGUUUUUUUUGUUAGGUUUUUUUUUUGUGUGCAAAGGACAGGUGCAUGGAGAUCGUAGGUGCCAACAUGGGACCUUUCUUUGUUUCUUUUUUUUUUUGGUUUUGUUUCGAUGCUCAUCACAGGAGGCGACCACAGGAGAACAGGAAGCAGAUCGGCCGUAAUGGAUUCACCGUGUAACUGAUGGCGUUGCGCUAUGAUCUCCGGGGAUCUUCCGCGUUGUGUAAUGCAUUUAUUCCAUCUACAAGGUUGCGCUGCCGCGCAACCUCUCCACGGAUGAGCGCUAAUUGGGGCCCGAUGAUGUAGAGCCAAAUCCACCUGGAUCAAGCGCUGCUUCCCUCCUGUGACUUGUCAUGUUCAAUUGAUUUCCUUUUUUUUCUUUUUUUUACCCCGAAGGAUUUUUUUUUUGCCACUUUUUUCCUAAAUAUAUAUUUUUUCAGCAUUAAAUAUGUUUAGAUUGUCCCCAAAGAUGAACAGCUCACUUCAUAUGAGACAUUUAAACCGAGUCAACCUUGUGACUGGAUAGUCCCCUGACUUUUUUUAGCCCCCCUCCUCCCUCCAUUCACCCCGUCGGUGGAGCGAAACUUUUCCUGAGUGUCUGUUUAUCCGUUGCGUCCUCCACAAUGUCCAGAUCAAACAGCGUCAGCCCGCCCGGACUCGGUGCGCCCGGGCUGAGGGGAGGGACCGAGCACAGAUCAGCCUGGGGAGAGGCUGACUCUGUGGCCAACGGGUGCCCAUACUCAGCCAGAUCUCCGCGCAAGAAGCUCACCCGCACCAACAGCCGCUGGAGGCAGCAGCAGCAGCAGGGGGAGGAGGAGGCGGAGGAUGUCGAUCCGGAGCGCCGGCCUCCUCCAGGGCGAGCCUCCACGACCGUCAGCAGCAGGGUCAGCUUCAGGUCCCGCUCGGCCUGGCAGGACCAUGGCGAGGAGGAGAGCCGCGGCGACAGCAACCCCGCGUCCGCGAAGCGCGCCGACCUGGCCGAGGUGAGACCCAAGUCCGUGGAGCUGGGUCUGGAGGAGCGCCGAGCCAAAUCGCGGGGCGACAACUACAAGGGGGAGCGGGAGGAAGACGGGGUCAUGCCGGAGGUGAACGUUUCCCUGGUGGCGUGCUGCGUCAGCGUCAUGCGCGUCUUCAAGUCCAAGAAGUUCCAGUCGGAGAAGCUGGAGCGGCUCUACCAGCGCUACUUCUUCCGCCUCAACCAGAGCAGCCUGACGAUGCUGAUGGGGGUGCUGGUGCUGGUCUUCACCGUCAUGCUGGCCUUCCACUGCUCCGGAGCUCCGACGGUCACCUACGUGGUGGUGUUCUCCCUGGCCAUCUUCCUCACGCUGGUGCUCAUGGUGGUGUGCAACCGGAACGCGUUCCACCAGGACCACAUGUGGGUGGUGUGCUACGCCGUGAUCCUGCUGGUGAUCGUGAUCCAGGUGAUCGGCGUGCUGCUGGUGCAGCCCCGGAGCGCCUCGGAGGGGAUCUGGUGGACCGUGUUCUUCAUCCAUGUCAUCUACACGCUGCUGCCCGUCAGGAUGCGCGCCGCUGUCGUCACUGGAGUUAUUCUCUCCGCCAUCCACGUGGCCAUUUCUUGGAUGCUAAACGGAGUGGACAGCUUUCUGUGGAAACAGAUAGUCUCCAACAUCCUGGUCUUCUCCUGCUCAAACAUUGUAGGAGUGUGUACGCACUACCCGGCUGAGGGCUCCCAGAGGCAGGCCUUCCAGGAGACCAGGGAGUGCAUCCAGGCUCGCCUCCACUCCCAGAGGGAAAACCAGCAGCAGGAGCGCCUCUUACUCUCAGUACUUCCUCGUCAUGUUGCCAUGGAGAUGAAAGCUGACAUAAAUGCCAAGCAGGAGGACAUGAUGUUUCACAAGAUCUACAUCCAAAAGCACGACAACGUCAGCAUCCUGUUUGCUGACAUCGAGGGCUUCACCAGUCUGGCGUCACAGUGCACGGCACAGGAGUUGGUGAUGACGCUCAAUGAGCUUUUCGCCCGCUUUGACAAGUUGGCAGCGGAGAACCACUGUCUGCGGAUCAAGAUCCUGGGCGACUGCUACUACUGCGUGUCUGGGCUGCCAGAGGCCAGAGCCGAUCACGCCCACUGCUGUGUGGAGAUGGGGCUGGACAUGAUCGAGGCCAUCUCGCUCGUGCGGGAGGUGACCGGGGUGAACGUGAACAUGCGAGUCGGCAUCCACAGCGGCCGGGUGCACUGCGGGGUGCUGGGACUCAGGAAGUGGCAGUUCGACGUCUGGUCCAACGACGUCACGCUCGCAAAUCAGAUGGAAGCGGGAGGCCAGGCCGGGCGCAUACACAUCACGAAGGCCACCCUGAACUACCUGAACGGGGACUACGACGUGGAACCGGGAGCAGGAGGAGAGAGAAACGCCUACUUGAAGAGGAGCAACAUAGAAACCUACCUCAUUGUGGGCUGCAGUCAGAAAAGGAAAGAAGAAAAGGCGAUGAUUGCCAAAAUGAGUCGACAGAGGACCAACUCCGUCACCCACAACAGCAGCCACUGGGCUGACCGUGCCUUCCACAACCACAUCUCCAAGGAGAUGAAGAGGAUGGGCUUCGAGGAUCCCAAAGACAAGCAUUUUAUUUUCAGGAACACGCAGGAAAACCUGAACCCGGAGGACGAGGUGGACGAGUUCCUGGGCAGGGCCAUCGACGCGCGCAGCAUCGACCGCCUGCGCUCCGAACACGUCAAAAAGUUCCUGCUCACCUUCAGAGAACCCGACCUGGAAAAAAAGUACUCCAGACAGGUGGACACCAGGUUCGGUGCGUACGUGGCCUGCGCCACCCUCGUCUUUUUCUUCAUCUGCUUCAUCCAGAUCGUCAUUGUGCCGACCUCCAGUCUGAUGAUCGGCUUCUUCAUCACGUGCUUCAUCAUCCUGACGGGCGUCAUGUUCAUCUCAGCUGUGUACUGCUGCUUUGGAAUCUUCCCCGCUCCCCUGCAGACUCUUUCCAAACGUAUCGUCCAGUCCCGACUCAACAGCACCUUAGUGGGUGUCUUCACCAUCAUCAUCGUCUUCCUGUCUGCUUUCAUUAACAUUUUCACCUGCAGCAGUCACGACCUGCGCAGCUGCAUCGAGUCGGAGCUCAACAUCAGCCGGGACCUGGUGGACGCCUGCCACGCUGUCCUCCUCAACUACAACCUGGACACACAGCACGGCUCCUGCGGAGACGACGCUCUCAUCUGCAGCUUCCCUGAGUACUUCACCUGCUGUGUGCUGCUCAGCCUGCUGGCCUGCUCCGUCUUCCUGCAGGUCAGCAGCAUCGGGAAACUCUUCCUCAUGCUCUUCAUCGAGCUGCUCUACCUGCUCAUCAUGGAGGUGCCUAAAGUGAGCCUCUUUGACAACCAGGACCUGCUGGUUAUGGCAAACGCCCUGAAUUACACCAAACCAGAUAACGGCACAAGGUGUUUGGUGGACAACAAGGUUCCUCUGAAGAUCAUGACCCCCGUGGUGAUCACCGUCUUCGUCCUCGCCCUUUACCUUCACGCCCAGCAGGUGGAGUCGACGGCCAGGCUGGACUUCCUCUGGAAGCUGCAGGCCACAGAGGAGAAGGAGGAGAUGGAGGAGCUGCAGGCCUACAACCGCCGCCUGCUCCACAACAUCCUGCCCAAAGACGUGGCCGCUCACUUCCUGCAGCGCGAGCGGCGCAACGACGAGCUCUACUACCAGUCCUGCGAGUGCGUCGCCGUCAUGUUCGCCUCCAUCAGCAACUUCUCCGAGUUCUACGUGGAGCUGGAGGCCAACAACGAAGGGGUGGAGUGUCUGCGGCUGCUCAAUGAGAUCAUCGCCGACUUUGAUGAGAUCAUCAGCGAGGAUCAGUUCCGUCAGCUGGAGAAGAUCAAGACCAUCGGCUCCACGUACAUGGCGGCUUCAGGUCUCAACGAUUCCACGUACGACAAGGCCGGGCGCUCGCACAUCCGCGCCAUGGCCGACUACGCCAUGCGGAUGAUGGACCAGAUGAAAUACAUCAACGAACACUCCUUCAACAACUUCAAAAUGAAAAUAGGUCUAAACAUUGGCCCAGUGGUUGCUGGGGUGAUAGGGGCCAAGAAGCCCCAGUACGACAUUUGGGGGAACACAGUAAACGUAGCGAGCCGCAUGGACAGCACCGGGGUCCCGGAGAGGAUCCAGGUGACGGCGGAUCUGUACCAGCUGCUGAACUCCUACAACUACACACUGGAAUACCGAGGCGUCGUCACCGUCAAAGGCAAAGGAGAGAUGAUGACCUACUUUCUCAUGGCUGGACCCCCCGGCAGUUAACCUUCACUAAGUGACAAUCAGACACAUGGGAGGUUGUGCACCUUCUCUCGUAACGAGCUGGCAUACAGACGUCUGUCUGUAUGCCAGGGCAGAUUGAGGGUUAGGGCAGAUUGAGGGUUUUUCCCUCACAGCAGCGGACGCUCCUUGAACCGGUUGGCACGUCGAAUGGACGGAAGGAUUCGUCCUUUUUUUUUUUCUUUUUUAGGAGGAGCUCAUGGACGGCCGAGGGGACGUCUGCUCAAGUGAAAUUUUGACCAAAGAUGUCCAAUCGGAGCGCAAAGAGAUUCGUCCAGCUCGGCCCUGACAGAAAAUAAGAAGAAAAGGAUCCUGGAAGAAACUUGCCCAGUCGGGUUCUCCGAUGGGGUUCUUGGACAAAACCUGCAGGGCGACCCGAGCUACAUCGCCUCCUCUCCUGCUCUCUGCCUUCUUUUUUUUCCCCUGCUGAUUCUGAACACUAUGUACAUGUAAAACCCAAAAGGUUUUAUGUGUAUGUGGAUGACUUUAUGUACUGUUUGUAUGAUAUUUUGUUCCCUUACCAGAGAUCUGCAUCUGUGGCACAGAUGCAGAUCUCUCAAGUACGGACACAAAGCCAGCAGCACUGCAGUCCUCGCUUGUUAGUGCGUCCAUCUCUCUGUCAAUCAGCACCAGACGACCUGCGUGCUUCACAAAAGUAUUCACACCCCUUGAACUUCCUCACGUUUUGUCACUUUGGAAAAGACAAAAGUUUAUUUCUAAGAGGAUUUAUGUAAUAAACCAAUACAGAGACGGGGAUAUAUGUGAAAUUGAAGUAAAAGGAUAGAUUUAAGGAAAACGUUUUUGCAAAUAUCUGAAGAGUGUGGAGUGCCCACGUCAAUAUUUUGUACAACCGUCAGCUACAAAGACUUUUGAUGAAUUUCUCGACCAACGUAUAAACUCUAAAAUGUUUGACCUUUUUCUUUUUUCCAAAAUGACCCAAGCUCAUUUAGAUUUGAAUUAAGUUUUUCUGUAAUUGUUUUUAUCAUCAGAUUCUUUAUUCGUUUUAGCAUUAGCUUUGGGAUGCUACAUUUGUUGGAAGUAAACUUCAAGCCUUUUGAUGCUUCUAAAAGGCUUUCCUUCUUUCAACCCCAUUUCUGCUGGAGAAAAAACAUCCCCACAGUAUGACGCUGCCACCGCCGUGUUUCUUGAUGGGUGAGUGUGCCCAACGUAAUAUGCUUGAUAGCUUAACUGCUACACAUGGUGUUUUGCAUGUCGUUUAAUAUGUGACAACAGCAUCUUCUUCCACGUUUGUCCCUCAUGGGCCUCCAUACCGCUUGUUCUCUUGCCACUCUUUAUUCACCAGCAGAGGAACCUCUGGAGGCAAUUGAGCAUUUUUUUUCUCUUUUAGAAUAGAAACAAUUUAGCAAUUUCUAUUUGCGCUCCCAGUAAAUUCCCAUUGACGUCUGAUGUUGUAAAGUGACAAAACGUGAAAAGCCAGACGGGUAUGAAUACUUUUUAUUUUUGGUACUGUAUGAGUUUCUGCACACUGUCUCAUACUCCUAUAGUAUAUAGAUUAUGUUUAAUUGAAAAGUCCAACAGUGUUUAUAUGAAGCUUCCCGUUAGCCUCAAUCAUAGAAUACAUAGGCAACCCUGCAACAUGAGGAUGUGAGUAAAAAAAAAAGAAAAAAGCUUUUCUACUCCUAAAGAAGUUUUGUAUUUUGACUUCAAAACUCCAACCCUACAAGAUAUUUUAAGAUUAUAUAUUUUCUACAUUCAUAUAAUACAGAGGUAUGUAUAAACUACAGCGCGUCUCCACAUGUGCACACAGCAGAAACCCUCACUGGUGUUGCCCGAUUCCCUCUCCCCUCCUGCUCUUUUGAACAAAUCGAGCAUACUUUUUUUUUUUUUUUAAAUCUGCAGGAAGUCGACUGCUGCUCCCCUUUAAUGUGUCUCAAUGUCACAGCAGAGAGGAAAACGCGGUCGGAACGACUCGCUAGAUGGACCGAAAGGCAUCAGCCGCGGUGCUCAGACGCCAUUUUGCACUCCGGUGCUUUCAGCCGUCCACCCCUCCGCCUCGCUCACCGCUCCACCUGCAGGCCCUAAUUGUUUGCUCGGUUAGGUGGUACGACACAAUGAAUGUCCAAUGUUCUCCAAUGAGGCCUUUAGUGUGGACUCUAGAGCGACUACCAUGAUGAUGCUCAGCCUGUUGACAGAGACGGAUUGAGCAUGUGUGGGAAAAUGUGCACUUUCUAAAUCUGCUGUUUAUGUUUUUCUCUCAUCGAAGCAUCAAAGUUUUUCUUUCAGUAUUGCAUCAUUGCUUUCUCUCACAUACAUAACUUUCACCCGUUGCUUGGAUGAGUCGGACUAUAGUAAUGUAAAAUUCUUCCGGACGAUGUCAAACUUUCACUUGAGAAUAUGAAAAUGGUACUUGGAUAUGAAAAUCUUCAUCCUUUGAUGCUUUUCUUGUCAGUAGAGGUCAUGAAUGCCCCAAAUUUGCUAAUAUUUGUGAAUAAAUACAACAAAAGGGGGGAAAUUGAAUAAAAAGAAGAAAAAAAAUCUGUCAUUUGUUAGCCGGAAUCUAUUGUCAACAAACCGACCCAGAGCUGCAGCAGGGCCCGCUUCGGCCAGACUAGAUCUUUUCCCACACAAAAGCUGCGAUACCAAACUUUUAUUACUAGUUCAGGAAUCAACAUGUUCUGUUCUCAGUGCAUGUAAGCUAAUGGUGAAAACUACACAGUUCAUUUAAUCACGCAAAUAAUGACCAGCUUCUGAAUUCUCCCCAUUGGACUUUCUGUCAACUUCAGCCUACUGGGCCAACUAAUCUGGAUUCAUAGUAAACAAAGACGCCAUGACAGUAAAAUAUUAACAAUGGAUAAUAACAAAUCCGCAGCAUUUCCUGUACAGUUCCCAUUUUAAAAUUAAACAGGCUUGACAGUUUUUCACUUUAAACAUUAACAGCUUGUACAAACAUGCAUAAAUUGUACACUGGCAAUGUUUGAAAAAAAUAAUUAAGUUUUAUCUUUUUAAGAGCCCUUCAGAAAGUUCUCAGUGUAACUAUAGUAACCAUAGAGAACUAUAGUUAAUGCCAAGUGGAAUCCAGAGAGAAAAUUUCAGACUUGCAUUCCUCAUGUUUCACAUCUGGAAUAAAUAUAUUCACACAUAGGCAAUAUGAACAUACCAAGGCUUUUAAGAGUUAAAAAUUGCAAAAAGUUUUCUGUCAUAGCCUUCUUUAGUUGAAUAUUCCUAGAACAUUCAACAAAAACCUCCCCUUAGUGUGGAAAUUAAAGAAGCAAUACCCUUUAUACUGUUGAGGUAAAACAGACUGAACCAGUUAAAAUAUGUUUAUUAUGGUCAAUUUUCUGUACAAUAAAAACUUAAAACUACUAAAGAAUUCAGAAGUAGCCAUAUCAGGGGUUUUAUUUGUGUGUGAAUGUAUCAAAUUGUAGACAUUAACUGUAAUUACACGCUAAAUCAUUUUUGCAUUACCCGGGACUAGUCAAUUUUACAUUACAUAGUUAUAAUUUUUAUUAAAAUGUUUUUUUCAAAAAAGGAAAGUUGGAAACUUUUUCAACUAAGGUUAUCAUAGAUUGAUAACGAUUGAAGGUUAUCAUAGAUCCUAACGGUGUGAUCCCAGCCUAAAUGCACGUAACUGAUUUGGUUACUGGCAAUAAGAAAAAAAGUUUGCUUUAUUCUACUUCACUGGUAGGAUAUAAUAAGUAAAUCAAUAUUUUAAGCCUCUGGAAAAUAAAACUGCAAUAUCCUACCCAGGUGAGUGUUGUCUCGGUAACCUGUUGUACUGCUGCUGCAACGCAACUACAUUUUUAAAUGCCGUUUUAUUUGACUCGCUGAAUGUUGUGCCAAUUUAAACCCAUGUUUUUGUUUUUUCCAUUUCUAGUUUGUUUGAGCUUAAAUGCGUUCCAGCUACUGAUUUCUCACACAAUGACACUGACAUGAACCAUCUGUGACAAAAGCAGCUCCAGAGAGAAGACGAUGGGUUGUUUUUAUUGUCUUGUUUCGACACCAUUUCUUUUUUUUUUUUACAGUAAAAUAAACUGCAGAGAUGUUACACAUCGGUCUUUUCCUUCCGUAUGUUUUGUUUGUUACUGAUAAACUCAGUCUUGUGUGUAAAAACUGGUGUGUUGGCAGAAUGUAUUUAUGUUUUCAUUGAAAAAUCUGUUAUGGAAAGUACCUAACUUCUACCAACAGAUGGCAGCAGAGCUCCAUCAUUUCUGUUUAUGAAGGAGCGACAUUAAUGAUUAAAGCUUGGAAAACAAGACAGACGAGCUAAUUAGUACUGUUGGUUCAUCCAUAACUGGAUUAAUAUCUAUAUCUACAUUAUAGUCAAAUCACUAAUUGCUUAAUUAAGUUUGGUACUUGGUCAACAUUAAUAAGCUGAUCAUGAAAUCCUCUUGUGUUCAGUAGAAAAUAGGUUUUUGUAUUUUAUCAGGAAGCACAGCAGGGUUUAUUUGGUGUUGAAGCAGACAUAGUGACCUUGACCUUUUUUGGACAGGAAAAUUUGCCCUAAUUGGGUGAAAUUUGCCACAAAAUGAUCACUCAUCACAUGAGGAUACAGCUCAUGUUAUCCAAGUUAGCAGCGCAUCUAAAAAUCCAGAAAAAGCGCAAGUGUUUUUCAAAAAACUCAUAUGUAAUGUUACGUAUGAGUCUGCUCGAAAAAAACAAACAGCAAUUACAAUUUCUUAUGUGUCAUGUGGAGUCUCUAAAUCUCGUGGUAAUCUGUAGCUUGUUGUUGCCCGUUAGGAAAUGUGAUUUGAAAGCAGCUAAAUAGCUGCAAAACAAGUACUGGCAGAGCAGAAACUUAAGAUAUGAACUCAGACUUCAUGUUGACUCUAAAGUAAGAUACUCAAAAAACUUUGAGAAAAAUAAACACACAUUUUCCAGUUUUUCUAUAGCCUUGUUAAUUCUUAGGUAAAAAAUUAUCUGCAUCCAUCCAUCACUAACAGUUAAGCUAAAAUAAAUCCUUAUACCUGCUUUCCAUCUAAAUGGAAACUAGAUUCCAUCUAGUUGUCAUGGAGACUGUGCCCAGGCUGGUGGACAGACAUUACUGCUGCCCACAAUGUUACACCAAUUUCUUACAUUUGUGGUUUCCAAAUUUCUCAAUCAAUUACGCAGCGGUAUGAGGGCAGCACAAACAGAAUCGUUAGGGUAUAGUCGUUAUAAACCAUGAGUAAUUUAACCUUUUAUUAGCAUAUAUAUUUUUUAGCAUUAUCGUUGUCUUUUGUUCAGUUUGAUUUCUGAAACGUGACUUGUUAAUUUAUAGGUUUGCUGUUUGGGAACAACAGAUGUAAAAGGUGCUGCUGUCUCUUUCUAAAGCCAUUUGCUCUCUCUACAUCUGAAGGUAGACAGUCCAAUAUCGCUCCAAAUGCAGAAAAGUGUAAUUUUGUUUCAUGUUUACAUUAAUUAAUUAAAUGACAAAUUUAACGUAUAAUUUUCAGUCAAGGGUUUAUUUUGAAUUUUUUUGCCCCUCUUUUCCUGGUGAUGACGUCUUCAAGCGCUCUUUCAAUUUCCAUCCACAAACAAAUCUGGUCGACAAUUCCCCGAAUCUCAAUUUCUUGACAAAACCGCCCACGCAACAUAUUUACUGUAACUGCAAAGAUGCAGGAUGUCGAGUCCGUGACGCAAGACUCCGCUCGGCUCCCAGAAACCCCGAGCCGUGCAGUGCGAGAGCCGGCAUGAGGUCAUGUAGGUGUGGUCGUUGCUGGAAAAGCGGAGUAAAAGUCAGACUGCAUUAAUAGGUCGCAUGAGAACAACUUGUUAACUUCUGAUGCCAGAUGUGCGAAGAGCUGCAAGACUUAAAACUGUUUGUUUUCCUUUCCAGCUUCGUCUGCGCACAUCUUUGGUCACGAUAAGAAUGUGAAACUUCAGAGAGCAAAGGAAAAAAAGCUGCCCAAAUAAAUGUUAAACGUUACAUAUAAGCUGCGUGAAAGCAGCACAAAAGUCGUAAGUACCAGAAAAAGAUGUCUGAGCUAAAGAACUCAGUAGGAGGUAAAGAAAACAGUGAUGCAUCCUUGCUGUUGGCAACACGGAUGUGUUUAUUCACACAGUCAUUGUGACACUGGCAAACGCUGGAGGCUGUGUAGGCGAGGAAGGAUGCGGCUGCUAACCGUCUGAGCCGACAGGAGCUUUAUGUUGUCACAAGUACACAUUUAUACACGUCUGGAUGAAAACGCAACAAUUAAAAAAAAACAAAACACGAAUUUCAGAAAUGAUUACAUCUUGCACCAAAAUCAGUCAUUGAAUAAAUAAUGAGCUCUUGCAAAAGACAACAAAAAAGAUAUGAGUGUUUUACCCCUGAUUAGUGAAUAAUUUAAAGUUUGAGUGACUCAAACAGGAAGGCAGCGUUGCAUAGUUUCACCUCGACACCAAAAAUGGACAUUUCUACUGUGGAUACGGUUGAAGAAAUACCAGUGCUGGGUUUAAAAGAAAGCAUAGGUGUAAGUAGGCAGAACAUGAACGAAAGGUAAAAAAAA